AUGUCAUUAACUGAACAAAGAGAUCAAAAACAACGCGAAUUACAACAAUUAACCCAAAUAAGUAAUCUAACAGAGAGUAUUAAAUCUCAACUUGAUUCUCUUAGUUCAGAGGUUCAGCAAUUAGAAGAAAAUUCAGAUCGUGUUAGUGAUGUUAUGCAAAUAUGGGAUAAUAUCUCGAGAGCUGUAUCGCAAGCUGGUUUGGGGCUGCUCCGCUACGUAGACAGUGACUACGCCCCCGCAUCAAUGGACGAUGGGGGUAAUAAAAAUUCUAAUACCACUAAUACUACUACUAUUACUGCUGCUGCUGCUGCCAAUAUCACUACUACUAAUAACGGCGAUAACGAAACAAUCCCACUACCAGAACCAUUGGUGCGUGUUCCAUUGCCAGAUGAAGAGCAACCCUCCCAAGAAUAG